AUGCAUGGCCAUUAUGUUUUGCAAUCAGAUUUGAUAUCAGUGCACAACGGAUGCCCUGGAAGUGUCUGUUGCCAGAGUGGUUCAGAAAUCUGUCUUAAUGUCACUGUACUCUUUCUUUUGUUCUUAAUCUCUUGGCUCUGUUUAUUUGUCUGUUUUCUUCCUUCUUUCUUCUGUUCUUUGUUGCUCUCCUUUCUUUCUUCUGUUCUUUGUUGCUCUCCCUUUUUACUUCUGGUCUUUGUUGCUCUCCCUUCUCUCUUCUGUUCUUUGUUGCUCUCCCUUCUCUCUUCUGUUCUUUGUUGCUAUCCCUUCUCUCUUCUGGUCUUUGUUGCUAUCCCUUCUCUCUUCUGGUCUUUGUUGCUCUCCCUUCUGUUCUUUGUUGCUCUCCCUUCUUUCUUCUGUUCUUUGUUGCUCUCCCUUCUUUCUUCUUGUCUUUGUUGCCCUCCCUUCUUUCUUCUGUUCAUUGUUGGUCUCCCUUCUUUCUUCUGCUCUUUUUUCCUCUCUCCUCUUUCUUUUCUUCUUUGUUUCCUCUCUCCUCUUUCUUUUCUUCUUUGUUUCCUCUCUCCUCUUUCUUUUCUUCUUUGUUUCCUCUCUCCUCUUUCUUUUCUUCUUUGUUUCCUCUCUCCUCUUUCUUUUCUUCUUUUUUUCCUUAGGUUUCUUUCUUUUCUUCUUUGUUUCCUUUUUUCUUUUCUUCUUUGUUUUCUCCUCUUUCUUUUCCUCUUUCUUUUUUUCUUCUUUGUUUCCUCUCUCCUCUUUCUUUUCUUCUUUGUUUCCUCUCUCCUCUUUCUUUUCUUCUUUGUUUCCUCUCUCCUCUUUCUUUUCUUCUUUGUUUCCUCUCCCAUCUUUCAUUUCAUGUAUGUUGUUCUCCUCUCUUUCUUCUGUUCAUUGUCUCUGUCUCUUCUCUUCUCUUCUGUUCUUAUUUCCCUCCCCUCUUUCUGUUGUUACUGUCACCUUCCCUUCUUUCUGUUGUUUCUCUGUCACUCUUCCUUUUUUUCUUUUUGUUUCCUUGUCUUGGAAUAUGUCCAAAGUAUUUUCCUUUUAACAUCUUAA